CUAGUUCCCCGCCCCACGUGACCCAGCCACGUGAUUGUCUCCCGUCCCCACGUGACUCUCCCGCCAAGAUGGCGCUGUGCCGCGCCAGGGCCUGCGCGCCGUUCUGGCGCCUCGGGCCCGGCCCUGGCCCUGCCGGUCUGCGCUGCUUCCGGCGGCCGCUGAGGCCCCCCGGCUGCUGCCUCUCCGCCAAAGCCAGCUCCAGGUCCAUCCUCGCCGCGUUGAUCUCGGGAGCCAAACGGAUCAACGGGAAGUACGAGAGAUUCCUGGAAAGGACCUUCCCUCGCUUCUACGUCUUGUACUCCACUUUCACCAGAGGAAUGGGAGAGACGUUCCUGCUUUUCCAGGAAGAACAGAGGCAGCUGGAAAUGUUCCCUGUCUCCUUCCUGGGCAGGGAGGGAUAUUCCCGCUUCUCUGAUGAGAACAGAGGAAUCCAAGCGCUCUUCGUGGAAGUAAAGGAAAUCCAGAAGAUCCGAUCUCAGAUGUCGCGGCAGAGGCUGAGCACACACCAGCUGCCGUACCGGGAGAUGGAGAGGCUGCGGCAGUUCCGCAGGGACGUGAUCAAGGCCAUUCCCAUUGGAAUUAUCGCCAUCCCGCCCUUUGCCAACUUCCUGGUCAUCGUCCUCAUGUAUUUCUUCCCACGCCAGCUCCUGAUCCGUUACUUCUGGACCCCAAGCCAACAGGUUGAAUUCCUGGAGACCUACGACACCAUCCGGAGAGGCUCCUAUUUGUACGUGGUGGAGAGUUUAGCCGUGGCCGCGCGUUCCCUGCCUGAGCCUCAGCUCCGGAGCCGCCUGCAGGACCUCUGCGCCGAGGUGUGUCAGCACUGCAGCCGGUGCAGCGAGGUUCCCAGCCUCGCGCGGCCGAGCUUUACGCCGUCAGAAGUUUGUUUUCGGGAUCACCGUUGGCUCUCAACAAGCUCCACGUGGCUCAUGUGCUUUGAGCCAGGUCCUGUUCCUGACCACCCACUUGCCGGUGUUUUUCCUGAGGCAUCGCCUGCGGAGCCACGUCCUGGAGAUCCGACACCUGGAUCGCGCCCUGCUGCGCCUGGGCCUGGGGCAGCUCUCCGAGGAGGAGCUGCGAGCGGCGUGUUACCUCCGUGGCCUGAACUCCACAAAGCUGGAGAUGUCGGAAUGCAGAGCGUGGCUGGAGCAGUGGUUGGGGCUUUCCUGCAAGCUGCAAGCUUCCGACGCUUCCCUCCUGGCGAACAGCAUGGUCCUGCUCUCCCUCAACUACGCCAGGGCUAAGGCGUGAGGACCCUCACCGUGGCAUCGCGCGCCGGCUCGGCGAUUCCCAGCCCGGGGCUGCCACAUCCCUGCCUUUCCGUGAUGGGAAACCACAGCCUGGAGUCGGCGAGAGGGGAUUUAGUGCUGCUGCUAUGGGUGAAGAAAUGAUUCCAACCCUCCUGCGCCGGAGGUUUGUGCCGGCGCCGGCUCUUCUCUUCCCGGUUGGGCUGUCGGCGCGGGCCGGUGCUGCCGCGGGGCUGAGCGGCCGCGUUGGCAAAGCUCUUGAACUGCGUUACUCAGUCACGGAACGGGCGAGCGAGCGUCUCCGCUGCCAGCGAGCGCUUCCCUUUGCCUCCCCAGCUCUGCUCAGUCCGGAUUUUCCCACUCUGGGCGGGUUUUUUAGUUUGUUUUCCUGUGAGAAGCCUAAAAAUAUCUCCCCGAGGGGUAACGACGACCCCAAAUCCCGCUGUGAGCAUCCCGGGAGCCUCAGGGAUGUCCUGGGAUGGUGUUUCCGUCGCCGCUUCGUCCCAGAGCAUCCCCAGCGGAGCCGCUGGAAACGCCGCUGCUGCGGUUGGAAAGACGGCGCUGCAUCCAUGGGGUUCCACUGGAUUGGAGCGUGGGGGUUUCGCUCGAAUUUCCCCCACUUGGAUGUGUUUUAUUAAAGGCGAAACCACG